GGCUGCGCUACAGGAGACUCAAAGCCGAAGUGGCUUGAAGUUUUCCGGCUAACACAUGAUGAAACAGCGUGCAGUUCCAUGCUGUGUGACACCUAUGUUAUUUGAAUAAGCAUAACCCUACUUGGAGAGUGUUUAUCUAUUGUUCUUUAUCCGGACAUCUUCAUUUAAAGCUUCGGUUCGUCGGAAACAUUGUCAAGAUGCCAGCUCAGUGCAGCAGCUGUACUGAGAAACGUGCUGUGCUGAAGCGUCCAAAGACGGGCCACUCGCUGUGCAAAGAGUGCUUUUUCUGGGCCUUCGAGGAGGAGGUACAUCAGACCAUCGUGGCGGCAGAGCUCUUCAAAUCUGGGGAGUCGGUAGGAAUUGCUGCCUCGGGAGGAAAGGACUCCACUGUGCUCGCACAUGUGAUGAAGCUCCUAAAUGAGCGAUACAACUACGGCCUGGAACUUAUGCUCAUCUCGGUGGAUGAAGGAAUCACUGGUUACCGGGAUGACUCCUUGGAGACGGUGAAGAGGAAUCAGCAACAGUACGAGCUGCCGCUGAAGAUUGUGUCGUACGAGGAGCUGUACGGCUGGACUAUGGAUGCUAUAGUGAAGCAGGUGGGACUGAAAAACAACUGCACCUUCUGUGGAGUGUUCAGAAGACAGGCGUUAGACAGAGGGGCUGUCAUGCUGAAAGUGGACAAGAUAUGCACAGGUCACAAUGCUGACGAUGUGGCAGAAACUGUUCUGAUGAAUGUCUUGCGAGGUGACAUAGCUCGACUGCGCCGCUGCACCGCCAUUUCCACCUCCAGCGAAGGCGAAGGGGUCGUGCCGCGCUGCAAGCCCCUGAAAUAUGCUUAUGAGAAGGAGAUUGUUCUGUACGCUUACUUCAAAAAGUUAGACUACUUCUCUACCGAAUGUAUCUAUUCUCCCAAUGCUUAUCGUGGCUACGCACGAACCUUUCUGAAGGACCUGGAGAGUAUACGGCCCAGCACCAUAAUAGAUAUUAUCCACUCUGGGGAGAACCUGUCUGUGCGGGAGGGGGUGAAGAUGCCCGUCCAGGGAACCUGCAGCCGCUGUGGCUACAUCUCCAGUCAGGCGCUGUGCAAGUCCUGUGUGCUGCUGGAGGGGCUGAACCGAGGUCUGCCUAAGCUGGGCAUCGGCAAACACCACCGCCUGCAUGAUAAAAUCCUCUCCCAGCAGCCUCUAACCGAUAAGGAGGAGAGGAAGCUGAAACCAGUGGACUUUUGACCAUUAGCAUUAAAUGUUUUAUUUACCAGAAGAUACACUGCCAUUCAGAAGUUUGGGGUCACUUAGAAAUGUCCUUAUUUUUGAAAGAAAGCCAUUUUAAAAGUCAGUGAAGAUAACAUGAAAUGAAUCAGAAAUACAGUCUAGAUAUUGUUAAUGUGAUAAAUGACUAUUCUAGCUGGAAAUGGCUGAUUUUUAAUGGAAUAUCUCCAUAGGGGUGCAGAGGAACAUUUCCAGCAACCAUCACUCCUGUGUUGUUAGCACAUAAAUGAAAGCGUGAGUUUUCAUGGAAAACAUGAAAUUGCCUGGGUGACCCCAAACUUUUGAAUGGUAGUGUAUCUAUGAAAUUUUAGAAAAAUUUAAGUUUGAUAUGGGAGAAGACCGUGUUAAGAAAUCAGAUCUCUUGUUUUCAUUUAUUAUUUGCUGAAUAUUUAUUGAACAUUUUUAUAAAUUCUCAUUUUUGACAAACCAAAGAAAACUUGUAGAGCGUCUUCACAGCAUAGAAAGUUCAGUCACUGGUGUUUUGCAGCCGCUGCACUGGAUGAUGGAGAGGCCAUGUAGACAUUGUUUCCAAUGGUAGUAAAAAUGCGCCUUUUAUUGUUUGGUACUCUUAAAUAAUUGCUUAAUAGCAGAUGUAUCCCGCAGUUUUUUGCUGUAAAUGAUCAUUUUUGUAACUUUGAUAAGGAAGCGUGUGAGUUGGAUCCAUGUUUUCAGUCUCGCAUAAAAAGAAUGUUUUCUUUCUUUGUCAGUAAACCAAUCUUUGAGGAGAAUAUGAUGACAGUUAUAUUCACAUUCCAAGGUGUUUUAUGAACUAUGAUUUAAUAAACACAUUGAUAUCUUUC